CGAGAUUGUGUGGAUCAGUUUUCCAUGAGGUGGGCUGAUCGUGCACGCUGUGGAAGAAAAUGAAGUUCAUCCUGACAACGUUGCUUAUUGCCUCAACUGUUGGUGCAUUGAAGAACCUGGUUGAUCUCUCAGCGGCGAGGUCCAAUAGACUGCAUCAUUUGCUUAAAGAUGGGCCCAUUAAUGCCAAGAAACUCAUGGAAAAGCCUUCUCUAACCGAGACAACAGCUCACCUUGCUCGUCUGUUGAAGAAAGGAGAACAAAUGAAUGACCAUCACGAGGUGGGGGAGGAGGAAUUUGGAUCGAGACCGGGACCGGACCCCGAAAAAACUGCAGUGGUUGCAUUGGCCCAUGUGAUACAAAAAAUCAGGCGAGCUUUGAAAACAUUGAAGGACGCUAAGGACAAACAGGAUAAGGCUGAUGCUGAAGCUUUCCUAAACGUGUUGAAGCACGGAAACGUUAGUGACGUCAAGGAGAUUUUGGGCCAACAUGCGAUGGAACGGCACGUCAGAUGCCAAAAUAUCAAAAAGGGUUUUGCUAAUUACAUUCACAAGACAGAGUUAAUUAAGUUGUUGGCUAAUGACAACUUAAAUUUCGAAGAGAGAAUGGGCCAGGUUCUCAAAGAUUCGGAACUCAACGAACAAGCAGACGUUUUUGAAGCAUUUGUCCACAUGGCUUUUGAACACGAUCUCUUGGAGCAUCCUGGUGUAAAGGCUGUAAUGGAAAUUGGUGGGAUGCUGGCUGAGACAUACUGUGACACUAACAUGGAUGGUUUGGCUAACUUGAUAAUCCAUUACGUUGACCAUUCUGAUCCUCGUGGCAAAUUUGAUGUCUCCAAGAAAAUAAAUCCAUACGUUUAUGCAGUGAACAGUGGACAGUGUAUGAAGAGAGGUCUAUUCAGAGGAGCUGGACCAAAAAGAAAAAAAAGCUUCAAGGAAAAAGCACUAGACCUAGUGUUUGAGAAUCACAACAACAACGACUGCGGUGAAGUGAAACUCAUACGGUCAAUUGUACAACUCAUCCAUGAGGGUGUAAAGGUUCACAAAAAGUCUGCAGAGCUACAGUAUAUUACUCAGAUAUUUGAAGAUGGAAUGAAAGCGAAAGUUAAAAAGUUCAUGGAAGAAGGUCAGGUGGACAAGGCCUUUCUUACUGUGGGUCAGUUCGUAGUAGAUAACAUGAGAGGGGCCAUCAUAAUCGGUACAGUUAUCGAGAAAUAUUUGAAGGAAGCGGCUCCUCCACAAGCAUCUGCCGAAUCUUCCCAAGCUCCUCCGUAACGAAGUGGCUGGUAUGGAGAGCCACAUUUACUUUUUUCCCCUCUGGAUAUGCAACAGUCAGUUUGCAUCGAAAACAAUAACGAAAGAAAAAAUGUAGAUUCGUUUGUUUCAUUUAAAAGGCUAUGGUCAUUUCCUCUUUGGGACAUGGAAUAACUUUAGCAAAAAAAAAUCUCACUUACAAAGUUCUUUAAUUUGUCGUACCGUUUUUAUUCAACAAACUGGUUGCGCCUUAGCGUAUUGUGCUACUCCCAUAGUAUUUUUGAUAUCUAAGUUCUCUUGUGUUAUAAUUUUCUCUUUGAAGCAAAUAAAAUCCGAGGGAGAAACUA